AUGACCACCAUGCCAGGCCCGAGUGCCAGUGGCGCUCCCAAACCACGUAAACCGAAGAGGACGCAUCAAGUCCGGCAGGAUCAGCGUCGAUGGAUCGAGCUCAUCGAUGCAUGGCACUCGUCCAACUCUUCGAUGUCGUUCGCUACACCGUCACGCGAACAGCUGGUCGAAGAAAUCUCGCAGCACGCACAGACGCUCUGCCGUACCAUCAAGAAUCGAGAAUGGCUCCUCGCCGCGUUCCACAUGGCGAUCAAUGCUGUGCUCUUUCCCGAAUGCAACGACGGGCUACAAAAUAACGAGCAAGUGUCGCACGUCGAACAGCUCGGACAGCAACUGCUUCAGCUUGCCCUACAUUCGGUCGCAACACCGUAUCUGAACAGCUUGGAGAACGAGCGGCAUCGGGAUACCUCGCAAAUCGAGACAGUGAGACAAGACGCCGAGCAAUUCGAACGGCUGUCGAAGCGUCUAUCGCUGUACCGGCAUGUGCGUGGACUUGAGCCGAUGCUGUCGCUGCCAGCACUGCCGUUGGCGCUGGUUUUGCGAGAAGCGCCUAGCACAGUGCUGCUGUGCCUGGCUUCACUUGCACAGGGUGCCGACAUUGUCAGCCCGUUGCUAAAGAGCUACAGCUGGCUUGUAGACGAGUCUGCUCAUGUACGACUGGCGCUUGUAGCGCAGUUGCUCACAGCAGGCACUGGAUACAUGCAAACCUAUCGUUUGCUCGCUGCUUCCGGUCUGUUGCUUGCAUGGAAGGACGGCCACGAAUCGAGUAUCUGGCAGUCAGCACAUCCCGCGCACCAGCUCACUUUGGGCGACCUGGUCGAGUUUUAUAGUGACAUUCUGCAAGGUCUGCGACAGAUCGGUUCGACAGCACAGGCAAACGCCCUGGUGUCCGUGCUAGCCAACGAAAUGCACGGUCAAGAUGCACAGCAGGCAAUCGCUCAGCUUGACCACACAGCAUCUGCCGGCACUCGUCCGGACCAGAGCUACGCCGACCCCGACAUUUUCUCCGCCAUAAUGCAACGAUUCCAUCUCUCUUCGAUCCAUGACAUGGCAAUAAAAGUGUCUGCCGUCAGCACAGACAGUGCUGCUCGCAAGCAGCUGGCUCGAGAAUUGGUUUCCACGCACGAUGCUGCCACGGUGGCCAGCCGCUUAACCCAGCUGGUGGACACCAAAGAUAGUGCAUUGAUCCGAGCUUUCAGCUUCGACGUUGUUUCUCAGACAUCCGCAAGUGGCAAUGCGCGGACUGUGCCACUCAUUGCCUCGGUCCUGUACGCGAGGCCUGCAGUCGGAAACUUCAGCUUGAACCUCGACACGCCUGCAGCUCUGCUGAAGCAGGCCGAAGCUUGCCUUUCGCAGCUCAAGCACGCACGCGUUAGCAGCCAAGCCGAAAUCUCUGGUUCGAGGCUCGGCGAUACAUUGCGUCGUUCUCUGGACCUGGAACAGCAGUGUGUGGUGCCGGCUUGUCAGUUGUUGGCUCUCUUAGACGGCGCAUCGCAAGAGCCAACGCUGGUGGAUGCGCAGCUGCAUCUGAGCUGGCUGGCAUCGAUUGCAAGCGUUGUGCAGGCUCAGACGAGCAAGCCGGCACUGGAUAUGUGCUGGCUUGCAGCGUAUGGUGGAUCGCAUUCUGGAUCGGUAAAAGUAGCUGCACAGCGGCAGAGGGAGGCAUUGGACGCGAUCGUGUCAUCGUUCAAUGCGGCUCAUCCAGCGCCAGCCUCGCUUGGUGGUCGAGCGGACCGAUCCUUGGAUGCGGCCAUGCUACGUUUUCGAGCUGCGUGGGACGGCAUGUUUCACAGCUGCCUCGAUCUGAUCGGCGCUUCUGCACCAUUCUCGCUCAUCUCUAAGCAAGAAGCAGUGCACCGCCUGCUCUCGACGGUGAUGCGCACAGGCGAUGUGGAACUGUUUCGAUCGCUCGCCGACUCUUCAUGCACGCUCUCUGCGUCGCAGCUGGAAGAGCUCGUGCUGGAUGUAUCCAUCUCGUUGUUUGAUCAAGCUGCAAUUGCUUCGAUGCGGAGCAAAGACGUGCGCGUUUCGCUUGAAAUCCUUUCUGCGCUCCCUGCGACAUGUGCACGCGCAGUGAGCCAGAAGCACUUCAUCGAGGCGGCUUGCCGACUGUCGACGUUCCACAUCAAAUCGGUUCUGCAUCCGGGCGAGCCGAUGUCAGCCAGGGAAAUGCGCGAGACGCACGACAAGCUCUCGCUUGUGGGUCGACUGCUGACGACACAGGGCGAUGCGCAUCGAUCAGCGGAGCUGGUGCUAGAUUUGGCGAAGCGCGUAUGUGCACUGGACAUGCAGUCGACUAGACAGCAAGAGUUGGUCGAGGUGCGCACGCUCGCCAUGCUGUGCGAAGCGGCGAGUGCCGCCGACGACUUUGAGUGUGCGGCAGAAUUCUGUUCGCGACUUUUGCACACGUGUUGCGCUUCGACGCGCAAGCCCCGCCGAGCAGACGAGAGCGACGAGAUCGACGAGAUCGGAUGGAAGACGGCGUUUCAGCUGUCGAAGCAUUCGGCGUGGCAGGAUACACCGGCGCGUAUAGCGAUGCUCGCACAUGCGAUGACUGUGUGUCCAGCAACGCAGCUGAAUCGCAUGUUGCAUCAGUGGUGCGCGUUGGAUGGGCAGUUGAGGGAUGAGCUCGCCAACGGAAAGGUGUUUGCUAGUACAAGCACGACAGCCGGCGCCGGCGCGAUCGGAUGGCUGAGUGCAGGUGCCGGCGUUGGCGGCAAGCGCAUGUUGAGCGCACAUACAGCAGCGAGUGUCGGCGCAGGGCUCGUCGGGACGGCGGCCAACUACCUGCCGCUCAGCCUGGGCUCGUACUUCUCCACCGACCGCAGCACAAGCAACAACCCAGUAUCAAAAACAUCCGCAUCCGCUCCCGAAAAACACGACAGUCGCCUAGACCACAGGACUGCCAGCUUGUUCGAUUUCGACAACGUCUCCGGUGCAUCUGGAGCGCGCAGCGCGAGCGCGUACGUGGAUCCAGCCGAGAGAGCCGUCAGGGCGGCGCGUGCUGCCAGGGACUUUUUGGGCUGGAAGAGUGAUCAACAAUCACACGCGCAGACCGCGCAGACCGGACAAGCCGCCGCGAAAUCUGCAUUUUCGUUCAGUCGCGGAGUCGGAUGGCUCAUUGGCGACAGUGAGAGGUGA